AUGAUGGCCCGUCCUGCCUCCUCCGUCUACUCGCGCGACUUGCAGCAUCUUCGACUGCCUUCCUUUCUCACCAACACUUCUACUGCUAACAACACUGCUAAUAACACUUCUAAUAACACCGGUAAUAAUAACAGUAAUAAUGACUCGACAGUGACCUCCAUCUCGGGCCUGCUCAGGAACGCCGAAGACCAGCCACACUCAGACACCAGGCAGACAGUAACCAUCGCCAACAAGAACAAGGAGAAGAAGGAGAACAAGAAGAACAAUAAAAAGAAUAAAACGGUAGACCUGCUCAACGCCCUGAUAGCCGUCCUGACGCUGGCCCUGCUCGUCCUGCUCGUCCUCAGCUGCGUCGUGGCUCUCGGUGGAUUCAACCAUCACUCGCCCUCUUCUUCUUCUACAGACACACAAACAGCUUCGUCAGGCAUCAGGAUCUCGCCUGGCGUGCCGGAUGAGCCGUCGUCGACAGACACUACGCCGGUACCCACGUCACUGCCAACACCUACUACUACAGCUACAGCUACAGCUACAACAUCCACCGGACAGGAGAGAGAGAAGCUCUCGGCCCUGAUUCCCUUUCUCACCUUUGCUGCCGGCAAGACGAUGACUCCCGAUGGCCCAGACGCCGCUCAGACAGCAGGCUCAUAG